AUCUCCACCAUCUUCGUUGCAUGCUUGGUCUGCGGCCACGCCUCAAAGCCCGACCUUCCCUCCUCGAUCUCGUCCGCCGAAACAACAUCGACGACAUCUCGCAGUCGCCGGCUCGCCUGCACCCGCUCGACGCAGACCCGCGCCCGCUGCAGAUACCGCUCCCGAAGAGCCCUGGUAUCCCACCGCAGCAAGAGGUUGAGAUUGUCGUUAGCCCGCCGCCAUACAGUCUGAAGGAAGAGAAUAGCAAGAAAGGAACGAAAGAGGAAUUGAAGAUGGGUCCUAAGCAGCAGAAGCAGCAGAUUGAUGGCGAGGAGCAGCAUGGAACCGUCUACUCCGUCUCCGGGCCCGUCAUCGUGGCUGAGAACAUGACUGGAUGUGCUAUGUACGAGCUUGUCCGCGUCGGCCAUGAGAACCUUGUCGGAGAAGUCAUUCGACUUGAGGCUGAUAAGGCUACGAUGCAGGUCUACGAGGAGACUGCUGGUCUAACUGUCGGCGACCCUGUGUACAGAUCGGGAAAACCACUGUCUGUCGAGCUUGGACCGGGUCUCAUGGAGACCAUCUACGACGGUAUCCAGCGUCCUCUCAGAGCCAUCUCGGUCGAGGCAGACAGUAUCUACAUCCCCCGCGGUAUCUCUAUCCCGGCUCUUGACCGCGAGAAGAAGUGGGACUUCACACCGGGCAAGUACAAGGUCGGUGACCACAUUACUGGAGGUGAUGUCUUUGGUAGUGUUGUCGAGAACAGUCUCCUCAGCGACCACAAGAUUUUGCUGCCCCCGCGCGCUCGCGGAACCAUCACUCGCCUCGCGGACAAGGGCAGCUACACGGUCGAUGAGAAGAUCCUGGAGCUUGAGUUCAACGGCGUCAAGACCGAGUACAGCAUGAUGCACCAGUGGCCCGUCCGUGUGCCCCGCCCGUCUUCCGAGAAGCUCUCGUCUGACCAGCCGCUCAUUGUUGGUCAACGUGUGCUCGACGCUCUUUUCCCUAGCGUGCAGGGCGGUACUGUGUGCAUUCCUGGUGCUUUCGGAUGCGGAAAGACUGUCAUUAGUCAGUCGUUGUCCAAGUUCUCCAACAGUGACAUCAUUGUUUACGUUGGCUGCGGGGAAAGGGGUAACGAGAUGGCUGAAGUGUUGAUGGAUUUCCCUGAGCUUACCAUCGAGGUCAACGGCAAGAAGGAGCCUAUCAUGAAGCGAACGACGCUGAUUGCCAACACUUCCAACAUGCCUGUGGCUGCUCGAGAAGCCUCUAUUUACACGGGAAUUACGGUGGCCGAGUAUUUUCGCGAUCAAGGAAAGGACGUGGCCAUGAUGGCUGACUCGUCCUCUCGAUGGGCUGAGGCGCUUCGUGAAAUUUCCGGCCGGCUGGGAGAAAUGCCUGCUGAUCAAGGUUUUCCGGCUUACUUGGGCGCUAAGCUUGCCUCCUUCUACGAGCGUGCCGGUCGCGUUACUGCUCUCGGAAGCCCCGAGCGGCAUGGCAGUGUCAGUAUUGUCGGUGCUGUUAGUCCUCCCGGCGGUGAUUUCUCGGAUCCUGUUACCAGCAGUACGCUUGGUAUCGUCCAGGUCUUCUGGGGUCUCGACAAAAAGCUCGCCCAGCGGAAGCACUUUCCUUCGGUCAACACAUCGAUCAGUUACAGCAAGUACACCACCCCGCUAGACAAGUUCUACGCACAGAACAACCCCGAGUUCCCGCGGCUACGCGACCGAAUCAAGGAGCUGCUCACCACGUCAGAGGAUCUCGACCAGGUGGUGCAGCUGGUGGGUAAAUCUGCUUUGGGCGACCCGGAUAAGAUUACGCUUGAUGUGGCGGGCUUGAUCAAGGAAGACUUCCUGCAGCAGAACGGUUACUCAGACUACGAUCAAUUCUGCCCGCUGUGGAAGACGGAAUGGAUGAUGAAGAACAUGAUGGCAUUCCAUGACGAGGCACAGAAGGCAGUUGCGCAGGGCCACAGCUGGGCGAAGAUUCGCGACUCGACAGCAGAGAUCCAGAGCCAGCUGCGCAGCAUGAAGUUCGAGGUGCCUAGCGACGGCGAGGAGAAAAUCACCAAGAAGUACGAGGAGCUGAUGCAGAGGAUGAUGGACAAGUUUGCGUCGGUUGUGGAUGAGUGAGGAAGGUAUGGACUGCGGAAGGAUUGCAUAGCGUACCUGUCUCGUGUAUUUUGCCCGGACGGACCAUAGACUGAGGACUGUACAUGAAGAAAUGUUGAUGCCUGGUUUGGC